AUUUAUCCAAGAUGCCUCAUACCUGGGUACUCAGGACAACACCCCGAAUUCGAGAAAUUUGAUGCAGUCAUCCAGGCCGCCAACGAUUGGCUGAGACAGAACCCCUGGUUGAGAGUGGUCUCCUGCGAGACAGUGGACAGACGGUGCUCCAUGCGCGGUGAUGUCGACACCGUCACGUCACAUCGGCAUCAGCCCAGUAACGGUGAACACUCAUUCAUCAGAAUACUUAGGUUGUGGCUCACUAUAAACACAUCUGAGGGUAGCGCCCCGCAACAGCUUGGCUACGAGAAUCUCAUUCCUCAGACCCGUACGACAGAAGAAGACGAAGAAGUAGGGAAUGAGUUCCCUAGCCACGUGAUGGCCUGCCCCAGCGGCAUGCUCAUGAUGGGUCGCAUGUACGGUAUGAGAGGUGGCCUAGGCAUGCUGAUGAAGGUCCAACGCUACCAGACAAUGAUGCAGGUCAUCGAUGUGUUUAAUAAGAAGGUACAGGCAGAGCCUUUACCAGGUGGCAUAAUUUCCAUUGAGAGCGUUGACAUUAAGAAGAGUGAGUCCUUUGAGAGUGUUACCCCAGACUUGGAGAGCUGUUAUUGGUACCAGAGGAACCACACAUCUAAACACUUCCUAUCCUCUAUCCGAGUCUACUAUAUCAUCGGCAAGACAUGCACACAGCAGAUAGAUGUCACCUCAUUUCCCCCAGCGAACCUUUCCAAGAGGGGUUCCUCGUACCAGUCUGGAGGGACCAAGUAUGAAAAAUUUGGGUCUCUGCUGGAGCGGACAAGCCGAUGGAUUAACAGUCAGAAUUCGGUUCAGUUGCUGAACCUUCAGUCUCCGCUUAUACGCUACAGCAGUAAUGACAGUACAGGUCUCAUGCCCGACAGUGUAGACACGGAGACAACCAACACAAUAGAAUUUCCCACAUCCCAGACGAACUAUCUCCGUAUCAUUAGGGUGUUUAGUCUUCAAAGUCAGGAACAAUCCGUCAGAGACAUCGUCACCAGUAAGGUCUUCUUUCCCGUAAAUGUUGCCAAACGGUAUGAGACAGUCCAGGAAGUGUUGCAAAAAGCUAUUCAAUGGAUAGGAGCUGCAGGUAUGCAGAACCGCAUCGUCGGUGCAGAGACCUUCGAGAUGCCAGUCUCCAGCUUGGGAAGUCCGCCCAAUGUUGGUGCGACAAAAGUGAAGCUCCAGAGAACUCGCGGUAAUCACUGGAUUACAUGCUUCAGGUUGUACUUUGAAGGACAAUACAUCGAACCUGAUGUCCCCAAACAGCCGAACCAAAAGAAGUCUUCUAUGUGUUGUGUCUUGUAGCAGGAACGCCAAUCAAACCUAUAUAAUUUUGGAAAAGACAGGU